AUGGGGCUGGGCUGAGAGGCGGCGGCGGCGGCGGCGGUGGCGGCGGCGAAAGCGGCCGCCCGGUCCCCUGCGGCCUUUUGGCUGCCCGGGCCGGGAGGCCGCCGAGGAGUCAGCACGGCGACGCGGCUGGACUGACAGCAGCGUCCUAGGAUCUUGGGUGUCUGCACAUAAGAGGUCUAUCCUCACCUGUUGUGUGAAGCACAGCACCUUUGAAGCCACUGUAGAGAUGGACAAAGAAGAAAGGAAGAUUAUCAACAAGGGUCAAGAAGAUGAAAUGGAGAUACAUGGCUAUAACUUCUGCCGCUGGAAGCUUGCCAUGGUUUCUGUAGGAGUGAUUUGUACUGGUGGGUUUCUCCUUCUCCUCCUCUACUGGAUGCCUGAGUGGCGAGUGAAAGCCACAUGUAUUAAAGCUGCAGUUAAAGACUGUGAAGUGGUGCUGCUCAGGACUACUGACGAAUUUAGAACGUGGUUUUGUGCAAAAAUUCGCUUUCUUCCCCUGGAAAAUCAACCAAAUUUUAAUGCAAAAUCUUUAGUUAAUAAGGUUUCUAAUGGCCAUGCUGUUCAUUUAGCUGAGAAUCUAACAGAAGAAAGUAGAUGCGAGAUGAAUAAAUACUCACAGACUCAGUCACAACAGAUGCGUUAUUUCACCCACCAUAGCAUAAGAUAUUUCUGGAAUGAUACCAUUCACAAUUUUGAUUUCUUAAGGGGACUGGAUGAAGGUGUUUCUUGUACAUCAAUUUAUGAAAAGCAUAGUGCAGGACUGACAAAGGGGAUGCAUGCCUACAGAAAGUUGCUUUAUGGAGUAAAUGAAAUUGCUGUGAAAGUGCCUUCUGUUUUUAAGCUUCUAAUUAAAGAGGUUCUCAACCCAUUUUACAUUUUCCAGCUGUUCAGUGUUAUCCUGUGGAGCAUUGAUGAAUACUAUUACUAUGCUCUAGCCAUUGUGAUUAUGUCCAUAGUAUCCAUUAUAAGCUCACUAUAUUCCAUUAGGAAGCAAUAUGUUAUGUUACAUGACAUGGUGGCAACUCACAGUACGGUGAGAGUUUCGGUCUGUAGAGUAAAUGAAGAAAUAGAAGAAAUCUUUUCUACAGACCUUGUGCCGGGUGAUGUCAUGAUCAUUCCAUUAAAUGGGACAGUCAUGCCUUGUGAUGCAGUACUUAUUAAUGGUACUUGCAUUGUAAAUGAAAGCAUGUUAACAGGCGAAAGUGUUCCAGUGACAAAGACUAACUUGCCAAAUCCUUCAGUGGAUGUAAAAGGAACGGGGGAGGAGCUCUAUAGCCCAGAGACACACAAGCGGCACACACUGUUCUGUGGGACGACUGUUAUUCAGACCCGUUUCUACACUGGAGAACUUGUGAAAGCCAUAGUAGUUAGAACAGGAUUUAGUACUUCCAAAGGACAGCUUGUUCGUUCUAUACUGUAUCCCAAGCCAACUGACUUUAAACUCUAUAGAGAUGCCUACUUGUUUCUACUGUGUCUUGUGGUGGUGGCUGGCAUUGGGUUCAUCUACACAAUCAUCAAUAGCAUUUUAAAUAAGAAAGAAGUUCAGGAAAUAAUUAUUAAGUCUCUUGAUAUCAUUACAAUUACUGUGCCACCUGCACUUCCUGCUGCAAUGACUGCUGGGAUCGUAUAUGCUCAGAGAAGACUGAAAAAAGUGGGGAUUUUCUGUAUCAGUCCCCAAAGGAUAAAUAUCUGUGGACAGCUGAACCUUGUUUGCUUUGACAAGACUGGAACUCUUACUGAAGAUGGCUUAGAUCUGUGGGGAAUUCAACGAGUGGAAAAUACCCGAUUUCUUUUACCGGAAGACAAUGUUUGCAGCGAGACAUUGGUAAAAUCUCAAUUCGUUGCUUGCAUGGCUACUUGUCAUUCACUUACAAAAAUUGAAGGUGUACUUUCUGGUGACCCACUCGAUUUGAAAAUGUUUGAAGCCAUUGGAUGGAUUUUGGAAGAAGCAACUGAAGAAGAAACAGCACUUCAUAACCGGAUUAUGCCCACUGUGGUUCGUCCUUCCAAACAGCUGCUUCCAGAGUCUACAGCUGCAGGAAACCAAGAAAUGGAGCUGUUUGAACUUCCAGCUAUUUAUGAGAUAGGAAUUGUUCGACAGUUCCCGUUUUCUUCUGCUUUACAACGGAUGAGUGUGGUUGCAAGGGUACUAGGGGACAAGAAAAUGGACGCCUACAUGAAAGGAGCCCCUGAGGUCAUUGCCAGUCUUUGUAAACCUGAAACAGUUCCAGUUGAUUUUGAGAAAGUUUUAGAAGAUUACACCAAACAAGGCUUCCGUGUGAUUGCUCUCGCACACAGGAAACUGGAGUCCAAACUGACAUGGCACAAAGUACAGCAUGUUAGUAGAGAUGCCAUUGAAAACAACAUGGAUUUUAUGGGAUUGAUUAUAAUGCAGAACAAAUUAAAGCAGGAAACCCCUGCAGUACUUGAAGAUUUGCAUAAAGCCAACAUUCGAACUGUCAUGGUCACAGGUGACAACAUGUUGACAGCUGUCUCUGUGGCCAGAGACUGUGGAAUGAUUCUACCUCAGGAUAAAGUUAUUAUUGCUGAAGCAUUACCUCCAAAGGAUGGGAAGGUUGCCAAGAUCAAUUGGCAUUAUGCAGACUCCCUGACACAGUGUAAUGAAUCAUCAGCAAUUGACUCAGAGGAUAUUCCAAUUAAACUUGCCCGUGAUAGCUUAGAGGAUCUUCAGUUUACUCGCUUUCAUUUUGCGAUGAAUGGAAAGUCAUUUUCAGUGAUACUGGAACAUUUUCAAGAUCUUGUUCCCAAGUUGAUGCUGCAUGGCACCGUGUUUGCGCGAAUGGCGCCGGAUCAGAAGACACAGUUGGUAGAAGCAUUGCAGAAUGUAGAUUACUUUGUUGGGAUGUGCGGUGAUGGUGCAAAUGAUUGUGGUGCUUUGAAGAGGGCACAUGGUGGGAUUUCCUUGUCUGAGCUUGAAGCUUCCGUGGCAUCUCCCUUUACUUCUAAGACACCUAGUAUUUCCUGCGUGCCAAACCUCAUCAGGGAAGGCCGUGCUGCUUUAAUGACGUCUUUCUGUGUGUUUAAAUUCAUGGCAUUAUACAGCAUCAUACAGUACUUCAGUGUUACUCUCCUUUAUUCUAUCCUGAGUAACCUGGGAGACUUUCAGUUUCUCUUCAUUGACCUGGCAAUCAUUUUGGUAGUGGUAUUUACAAUGAGUUUAAAUCCCGCCUGGAAGGAGCUUGUGGCACAGAGACCACCUUCAGGCCUUAUAUCCGGGGCACUCCUCUUCUCUGUCUUGUCUCAGAUCGUCAUCUGCGUUGGAUUUCAGUCGCUGGGCUUUUUCUGGGUCAAGCAGUAUAAAGUGUGUGAUCCGUACUCAGAUGUUUGUAAUACAACAAGAAGCGCGUGUUGGAACUCGUCACAUUUGUUCAAUGGAACUGAACUUGAUACAUGUAAAAUACAAAAUUAUGAAAAUACCACCGUGUUUUUUAUCUCCAGUUUUCAGUACCUCACAGUGGCGGUUGCCUUUUCAAAAGGAAAACCAUUCAGGCAGCCUUGCUACAAGAAUUAUUUUUUUGUUAUAUCUGUGAUUAUUUUGUAUGUUUUCAUAUUAUUCAUCAUGUUGCAUCCAGUUGCCUCUGUUGACCAAGUUCUUGAGAUUGUGUGUGUACCCUACCAGUGGCGUAUAUAUAUGCUUAUCAUUGUUCUUAUCAAUGCCUUCGUGUCUAUCAUGGUCGAGAGCUUCUUCCUUGACACGGUCCUUUGGAAAGUUGUGUUCAGUCGAGACAGACAAGGAGAGUGUCGUGUCACCACCACACAGCCGCCACAGGAGUCAGUGGAUCGAUGGGGGAAAUGCUGCUUGUCCUGGGCCCUGAGCUGUAGAAAGAAGACACCAAAGGCAAAAUACAUGUACCUGGCCCAGGAGCUCUCAGUUGAUCCUGAAUGGCCACCUAAGCCUCAGACAACGACGGAAGCCAAAACUGUAGUCAAGGAGAACGGAUCAUGUCAGAUCAGCACCAUCACAUAGCAGAGGCCAUCUGCUGUGCUAGUGACAGUAUUCAGGAGGAUGUGCUUGGCUCUUCUGACUGACGCUGGGUGUCCGAAUGGCACUGUUCCAGUUGAUAGCCCUCUCAUAAUACAGUAGUUGAUUAAAAAACAAAAGCAGUAAAAUGGCAUUUGCCUCACAGUUAUUAACUAUCAGUCUGGCUAGAUCUUCAUGCAGUAACGUAAUGUGAUAUACACUUUAUAUUGGGUGUGAGAGAACUGUGUUGGGGUUUUUAGAUUUCAGCUUUUGACACUAGUUUGCCUCUUAAAUUUAAUUUUCACAAACCCCCUUAUUAGCAAGUUUCUUCUAUAUGUAGGCCCUAAUAUUGGGAUUGUUAAAAAUAAUAUGAUUGUUAAUUGUAAUUAGCCUUUGGUGAAAAUAGGUUGAAAAUCUAUUUUGAUUCCAAUGUUUCUCCCAAAGAGUUCUGUGUUAAACAUCCACCAGUUUCCUUUGACCUGGGGUUGGAGUGGUUUGUGUUACUGUUGUGUUAGUGUUUGUGAGCAGCUCAGGUAAUUUCCACUUCUGGUUCUAUAGUCUCUGUGUAGACUGCCUGGGUGUCACUUUCUAGCCAGCAAGGUGCUUCACCGCUGUCUCGUGUCCUCGUAACCUUUGUGGGUCUGUCUCAUACUGUGUCUGACGUCGGCAGUCCAGUUUGCCUCAUCAAUGAAGAACUUUUCUAGUAAAGUUUCUUUCUGAGCCAGGCAUGGUGGUGCAGGCCUGUACUCCUGCACAGGAGGCUGAGGGAGGGGAUUGUUCUUAGUCCAAGGAUAGCCUCGAGGAGAUAGUCAAGUCCCGUCUCAGAAUCCGUGCAUGCAGAGCAGCGGUCACUUCCUUGGGUGACCUCGUGCUCUUCAUACCUGUUGUUUUUCUUUCAGGGUUUUUAUCAUUCUGCAUGCUUUUUCAUUAUCUGUUUGUUUUCUAACUUAAAGGAAUUGGAUAAUACUGUUUUGUUUUUGAGUUAGAGCUUAGCCUUGGUAUAUGUCUCUCCUUUGGAUAAUAAGGAUUAAAAGAAUAAUGAAUAUUGAGUUUGACUUUUACAAAGCAGUGUGAACUUGAGUAGAGCUUGUUUUAUGCCAUUAGGUGGCACCAGAGGUCAGCACAUACCUGUUUUGUUACAAGUGAGCUUGAGAAAAUAAAGUAUACACAUUUAUUGAGCCAAAAGAAAUGUAGAAAGCAUUUUUCACACUGGUGUUUUGUCUGAUUAAUGUUCAUUUCUCAAGGAAUAUCCACAAUGCCUUCCUAUGUAGGACCUGGCAGUUUGGCAGUGCCCACAGUUAUGAUAAGCUUGGGAAGCUGGCAUUGCUAUAAAGAUGGACCCUAAAUUAGUGAGACAAUGUGAUGUUAUUCUAUGUUGGUUCUUAACUAACCGCGUGUGUAUGCUUUCCAUUCCCAGUUGAUCAUUACUGUCCCAGUACAUACUUACCAGUUUACCACAUGUUACCCAGAUUUGUGGAACCAUUUUUUUUUUUCUUAUUUUUUGUGUUGCAGAGACCUGAAUGAUGUUUGAUAAUUGUAGAAAAAAAAUGUAAAUUAUUCUCAGGAUCACUGUUACUGCUAUUGCCACUGGUGAUUCUUACAAAAUACAUAAUCAAAAUUUUCCAACAAACUGUAUGAUGUUAUUAUAUGUUAGAUGACAAGAACAAUUGUCCCAUGAAUGAUUCUAUGAAGCUAUGCAUCUUAGACCUCUUGAGCUGUGAAUUAGCACUAUUUUCUAUAGUUACUUAUUCUCUGUUGUUUUAUACUGUCCAUGUUCAUUUCAAAUAAUGCUCAUAUUAUUCUUUAGUGAUUUUUAUGGGUCGUUAAGCCUUACUCUUUGGUUUAAAUGCUGAAGCAUAUAAUUGCUAACUGCAGUUUAGAAACCCAAUAUUAAUUGUAUUUAACAUCCUCAAGAGAAUGAUCAUAAAAGGCUAUUUUUGACACAUAUCCCUUUCAAUAUUUAGAGUUGAUAAGGUUUAUAUCUCAUCUCUCCAUAUUGUUUGCAAAGGAACAAGGUUUUAUGUAGGUGAGAGAAAGCAUUUGUAGGAAGUUAGAUUUGAACAUAGACAGGGUAGGUUAUUCCAGUGAGGAUGUUGUGAGGAAUGUCUGUGAGUCCAGACAUGGGUCCAGCUUAGUGCAGUCUUCUGUAGGUCACUGUUAUAUAGAGAUUUGGGUUCUGAAUUUUACAUUAAAUUAUUUGAGUAUAUACAGACCUAGAUUUUAAAAUCUGUACAUAUAUUAUUUUGAUGUAUUAAGAUUGAUAAUAUUGCUGAUUUAAAUUUUAUUUAUGCACAUACUUAAAGGACAGAAAUGUCCGGGAAAGUAAUUGUUAAAUAAUGAUAUGUAACUUUUUAACUUUUUAAAUAAAUAAGAUUUUUUAAUGUGGGUCUCCCUCAGGGUUGUUUAAAGUCAUUUUCCUCCUCAAAUACAAACCAAUAGUGGUAACUGUUUUCUGUCUUCUAGCACCACCUGCUGUAAAGCAGUGCUCAGAUAGUGCUGGGGUGAGAGCGGCGAGACCACCACAGACCGGUGGUACGUUAUCGGUUUAGAGCCUGGCGCUCGCUCAAGAGCUUCCAGACUGCACUCGCAUUUCAGUAAACCCGUCAUUUUACACUAUGUAUUUUGUUUCCCAUGCUGAUGAAAGUACUGCACAGUUUCAAAGGCAUGAUGAAUGAAUGAUCUGUCAUAUGUCUGUAUGUAUACACACACACACACACACACACAUAUAUACAUACAUACAUACAUACAUACCAUACAUAAUACAUACAUUUAAAACCUGUUCCAGAAGCAGCAGAAGCUCAUAUGCAGUGAGGGGCAACUUCAGGCUUUAGAGCACAUCUAAUUUCAUGCAUGCAGUUUUGAUGUGUCGAAGAAAAGGGUUUUGUAUAUUUAUGGUGGGAGGUUACUGGGAACUUUUAACAAGAUAGGGGAUUAACUUUUGUACAGUCUGGGCAUUUACACGUAUUUUUAAUGUAUUACAAUUUGGUAAUUAUGUGCACAUGAAAUUAAUAAAAGUUACUUCCUGUUAUGAUUUGUGAAUUCCCUAAGACCGUGGAUUUUUUAAGUAACUUUAUAUAUCAGAAAUGAUACCACAUCUUUAUAUUUUUAAAAUUGUAUUGCUGCUCAAGAAUGGUACCCUGUUGUCGAAAAGGUAGAUAUUCAUAAUUAUACAUUCAGCAUUGUAAAUAACCUUAUGAAAUCUUUUUGAUUGAAGCUAUUCAAAAUAAAAAUUUUAAUGAAUCUAA